AUGCCCGGCGGCGCCGCCCCACCCCUGGCGGGCACGCCCGACGUCUCGCGCGUCGAGGCGCCCGUGACGAUGAAGGCGUACAUGAUGUGCGUGUUCGCGGCCUUCGGCGGCAUCUUCUUCGGGUACGACUCGGGCUACAUCUCGGGCGUCAUGGGCAUGCAGUUCUUCAUCCACGUCAUCGAGGGCGGCGACGCCACCGUGCUGCCCGCCUGGAAGAAGUCGCUCAUCACGUCGAUCCUGUCCGCGGGCACCUUCUUUGGCGCGCUGAUCGCGGGUGAUCUGGCGGAUUGGUUGGGCCGGCGGAUUACGGUGAUCCUGGGGUGCGCGGUGUUUAUUGUCGGUGUGGUGCUGCAGACUGCGAGUGCCGGGCUGGGGCUGAUCGUUGCUGGACGGUUGGUGGCUGGCUUCGGUGUCGGUUUCGUGUCGGCGGUGAUCAUCCUGUACAUGUCGGAGAUUGCGCCGCGGAAGGUCCGUGGUGCGAUCGUGUCCGGGUAUCAGUUCUGUAUCUGUGUGGGCUUGUUGUUGUCGUCGUCGGUGGAUUAUGCCACGCAGGAGAGGAACGACAGCGGCUCAUACCGGAUCCCGAUCGCGUUGCAGAUGGCGUGGGCUCUGAUUCUAGGAGCCGGCCUGUUCUUCCUACCCGAGUCGCCGCGGUUCUUCGUCAAGAAGGGCAAUUUGGAGGCGGCCGUUGUCACGCUUGCCCGGUUGAGGGACCAACCGCAGGACUCGGACUACGUUCGGGACGAGCUGGCUGAGAUCGUGGCUAACCACGGGUACGAAAUGAGCGUGAUCCCGCACGGCAGCUACUUUCAGGCCUGGGCUAUGUGUUUCCGGGGUUCGAUCUGGAAGGCCAACAGUUACCUUCGGAGAACUAUCCUGGGCACGUCGAUGCAGAUGAUGCAGCAGUGGAUCAGGACUGGCUGCAACUUCGUCUUCUACUUCGGCACCACCUUUUUCCAACAGCUCGGCGUUAUCGACAACCCCUUCCUCAUCUCACUCGUCACAACACUCGUGAACACCUGCUCGACCCCCAUUUCCUUCUACACCAUGGAGCGCGUUGGCCGGCGGCCGCUUCUAGUCUGGGGCGCCCUAGGCAUGCUGGUGUGCGAGUUCAUCGUGGCUAUCAUCGGCACCGUCAAGCCGGACGAUGACACAGCCGUCAAGGUCAUGAUUGCCUUCAUCUGCAUCUACAUCUUCUUCUUUGCCACCACCUGGGGCCCCGGUGCUUGGGUUGUCAUUGGCGAGAUCUUCCCCUUGCCGAUGCGUGCCAAGGGUGUUGCGCUAUCGACGGCGUCGAACUGGCUGUGGAACUGCAUCAUCGCCGUUAUCACCCCCUACAUGGUGGACAAGGACAAGGGCAACCUCGCGGCGAAGGUGUUUUACAUCUGGGGCGGUCUCUGCACGUGCUGCUUCGUCUACGCUUAUCUCCUGAUCCCCGAGACUAAGGGCUUGACGCUGGAGCAGGUGGACCAGAUGCUGGGCGAGACGAACCCGCGCAACAGCGCCAAGUGGGUGCCGCACAGCACGUAUGCGGGCGGCGAGCUCAAGGCGGAGAAGGAGGUCGGCCACGUCGAGAAGUCGGAUGGCGACAAUGGUGUUUAG